AAUGUUUAUUUGCUAAUACGUAUUGCGCUACACAUUAAAAUUCACUUCAUAUGAAAUAAGAUUCUCCCAUAGUGCAAUGUGAGUCGGCAAUAUGGCGGCGAUUGCCACUGUUUCCAAAACUGUCGUCCAAGUUGGGCGACAUGGAAAGGCAACAGUACCUCGCUUGGUUAGUGCUGUUUAUAUCAGCAAGAGAGAUGAAAGCACCAACCUUGCCGCCUACAAGAGGGGUCGUGGCGGAAGAUCAUCAUUCAGUGGAAUUGUAGCUACUGUGUUCGGUGCAACUGGGUUUGUUGGCCGCUAUGUUGUAAACAGAUUAGGGAAAGUAGGGUCGCAGGUGAUUAUCCCCUACCGCAGCGAACCACUUGACAUUCAGAGACUCAAGUUGUCUGGGGAUUUGGGACAGAUCUUGUUCUUUCCAUACUCCAUUCGGGAUGACGACUCUGUGAGGAAGGUUUUGCAGCACUCCAAUGUUGUCAUCAAUCUGAUUGGACGAGACUGGGAAACAAGAAACUUCAAAUACAAUGACGUACAUGUUGAGACUGCCCGCCUGAUUGCCAGACUGGCCCGUGAGAAUGGUGUGGAGAGGCUCAUUCAUUUCUCGUCCCUCAAUGCGAGUCCUAAUCCACAACAGAUUUACAUCAAAGGAGGAUCACGCUUCCUCAGAACUAAGUAUGCUGGUGAAGAGGCUGUGAGGGAAGAGUUCCCUGAUGCCACCAUCUUCAGACCUGCUGACAUUUUUGGGGCAGAGGACCGAUUCAUUAGAUACUAUGCCAGUGUCUACAGGAGAGCGCGUGGUACCAUGCCAUUGUGGCAGAAAGGAGAUGCCACUAUCAAGCAGCCAGUUUUCGUAUCGGAUGUGGCUGAAGCAGUAAUCCAGGCCAUCAGAAACCCUGAUUCAGUUGGACAAACAUAUGAUGCUGUGGGGCCACAUCGCUACUAUCUGGCUGAUUUAGUGGACUAUUUCUACCGAUGCAUGAGGUUCCAGAACUUCAAGAGGUCAUACCUUACUCCAGUUUUCAGAAUGAAAGCAAUGGCUUUGUCCAUGGCUCCAGCAUCACCCGUCUAUACCAUGGAGAAAAUCGAGAAGGAUCACAUCACCGACAUACUGACUGGAAACCCCACACUUGAAGAUCUCGGCGUCAACUUGCUGAGGCUGGAGGAUCGAGCUCCCUUUGAACUGAAGCCCUUCCGGAUGAAUGCCUACUAUGACGAGGCACUUGGAGAGUUUGCAGACCCAGUUCCACCUCCUGUAGUGUCAUGAAACUCACCAGCUUUAGGAUGUUGAACUGUCUUUGAUGUUAAGUCAGUUAUUUGAAACAGAAGCUUUGCCAAAUCAGGCCAGUUUUGGGAAUCAGUUUCAAAAUUGUCUUCUGCUCAUGGGGUAUUGUCAAAUAUCUCCAUUUACAAUAAACUGAUACUGUGGACAUCACUGAAGAGCGUGUGGUUACUGUAUAUAUGAGUAUUGUAUGUGAAACUGGUGGACUGUUUUCUGGUCUGUGCAGAAAGCUGAACCUGCAGCCUAAUGUAAACUCUCCUUCAUUAGGUUGUUUGGUUGCAAAACUAGGAUAAUUAAAUACAAUUAUUGAAACAAA